AUGAGAAGGGCUGCAGCAGCAAGUCAUUUCACACACCUGUCUACCUAUCACCAGGUAUUCCAAGAGAACGAGUACAAGAAGACCGUCACGGUUCCGAUCAUCAACGACAACCAGUACGAGGCAGACGUAGAUUUUUACGUCAUUCUCAAGAACCCCCACGGUGGCACGGGCAUUGGCGACCCUAGUGUGACACGGGUGACCAUUGUGGACGACGACGAACCCGGAGAGUUCGAGUUCGAAGACACCCACUACCACCUGGACUGCAAGACUGGCAAAGUAACCCUUCGUGUCAUGAGAGAGCAUGGCUUUGACGGAAAGGUGUCUAUGGACUACAGUACUGU